CAACAUAUUUAAACGAGCUAAGUGUAAAUAUAGUUCUGUAUUAUAAUGUUUAUAGUAGUGUAGCUGUGUUUAAAAGUUCCUAGAAGUGAGAGUGAAAAGCAAAUUGAUUAAAAUUGUGUCCACUAAUUUGUGUUUCCAUAAUCAAAAGUAGGUAUGCAGUUAAUAGCAGUAUUAGCGACAUUUGUGCCGAUGGCUCUGGCACUCCCUUCGCUAACCUACGACCCAGAGUACGACAACUUCAAUGCCGAGGAGUUAAUGGAAAACGUGCGUCUACUCAGGAACUAUGGCAAGUGCUUCCUCGAUAAAGGACCCUGCACGACAGAGGGCUCCGACAUUAAAAAAAUCAUUCCUGAAGCGUUAAGAACGAGUUGCGCCAAAUGUACGCCCAAACAGAAACAGCUAGUUCGCAAUGUGGCUCACGCCUUCCGGACCAGGCUCCCCGAGCUUUGGGCAGAACUCGUCAACAAAGAGGAUCCCACAGGAGAAUUUAGAAAAGCCUUCAACCAUUUCCUUAAAACCUUUGAUUAAAUUAGCAAAAAUAAAAAUGAAUUAGUUAUAGCGAAUUACGUUUGUAAGUUGUAA